GGUACCAAAGUGGCCAUCUCAGCCUGCCGGAAGUGGUUGACGUUGGCUAGAAAGCCUGCCAACGCCGCGGCUGCUGUGGUGACUGCAGCGGCUCCGCUCAGCGCCAAGACUCCCCUCCUGCUUCGACCGGCUGCGGUCCCAUGGGACAUGAACCGGACCCCGGUAGUCCUGGAUGUUGUCAAAGGACCGCUGGAAGGGGGACAUGACGGACGCGACUGUCCGGCUCUAGAAAGCCACUUUAAAUUUGAAAUGAAGCUUCGCCUCGACGUAGCUUGUGCUCUAUUUUUGAAGGAGUAAAAUACAAUAGUGGCCAUUUUUUAAAGAAAGACACUUAUGUCGUCAGUUGUUUGGCGACCUUCGACUUGCUAGGAGGCGCGAACAAACUAUCCAAACAUUAUCUCAACUCGCUGAAUACUGAUAGCAACCGUCGUUCACGCCAAAGACCUUGUACUUCCGCAUUUGUGACUACGGCAAGCCGGGAUAUGUAGUUUUUCUGGUAAAUAAAGCCAGGAUGAAGGAAGGAGAAGUAACUGACAGCACACUACAAUCCCACAAUGCUUUGCAAACUAAAACUUGACGUUGCGUUUAUGUACUCACGCUAAACAAACAUUUUCGCUAGUCGCCGUGCUAAAAUAUUCAUAAAACAAAACCAAAGACGAUAAAAAAUUUAAACUCAUCACAUAAUCGAUUGUUUUUAAUUCAUAGUACUAUGUUUACGCUAUUAAAAUUACGGUUCAUAAUCGUUUUUGUUUUUGAUGAAUCCCAUUAAACAGUUUUAAUCUGAUAUUACCGUUUUUUAACAUUUCGUCAGUUGUUUGGCGAUCUUCGACUUGCUAGGAAGCGCUAACAAACUAUCCAAACAUUAUCUGAACUCGCUGAAUACUGAUAGCAACCGUCGUUCACGCCAAAGACCUUGUACUGCCGUAUUUACGACUACGGCAUGCAGGGAAAUGUAGUUCUUCUGGUAAGUAAAGCUCGGAUGAAGGAAGGAGAAGUAACUGACAGCACACUACAAUCCCACAAUGCUUUGCAAACUAAAACUUGACGUUGCGUUUAUGUACUCACGCUAAACAAACAUUUUCGCUAGUCGCCGUGCUAAAAUAUUCAUAAAACAAAACCAAAGACGAUAAAAAAUUUAAACUCAUCACAUAAUUGAUUGUUUUUAAUUCAUAGUACUAUGUUUACGCUAUUAAAAUGACGGUUCAUAAUCGUUUUUGUUUGAUUGUUAUGAAUCCCAUUAAACGGUUUUAAUCUGAUAUUACCGUCUUUUAACAUUUCGUCAGUUGUUUGGCGAUCUUCGACUUGCUAGGAAGCGCUAACAAACUAUCCAAACAUUAUCUGAACUCGCUGAAUACUGAUAGCAACCGUCGUUCACGCCAAAGACCUUGUACUUCCGUAUUUACGACUACGGCAUGCAGGGAAAUGUAGGUUUUCUGGUAAGUAAAGCCCGGAUGAAGGAAGGAGAAGUAACUGACAGCACACUACAAUCCCACAAUGCUUUGCAAACUAAAACUUGACGUUGUGUUUAUGUACUCACGCUAAACAAACAUUUUCGCUAAUCGCCGUGCUAAAAUAUCCAUAAAAACAAAACCAAAGACGAUAAAAAAUGUAAACCCAUCACACAAUUGACUGUUUUUAAUUAAUAGUACUAUUUUUACGCUAUUAAAAUGACGGUUCAUAAUCGUUUUUGUUUUUUGAUUGUUAUGAAUCCCAUUAAACAGUUUUAAUCUGAUAUUACCGUUUUUUAACAUUUCGUCAGUUGUUUAGCGAUCUUCGACUUGCUAGGAAGCGCUAACAAACUAUCCAAACAUUAUCUGAACUCGCUGAAUACUGAUAGCAACCGUCGUUCACGCCAAAGACGUUGUACUUCCGUAUUUACGACUACGGCAUGCAGGGAAAUGUAGUUCUUCUGGUAAGUAAAGCUCGGAUGAAGGAAGGAGAAGUAACUGACAGCACACUACAAUCCCACAAUGCUUUGCAAACUAAAACUUGACGUUGUGUUUAUGUACUCACGCUAAACAAACAUUUUCGCUAAAAUAUCCAUAAAAACAAAACCAAAGACGAUGAAAAUUGUAAACUCAUCACACAAUUGACUGCUUUUAAUUCAUAGUACUAUUUUUACGCUAUUAAAAUGACGGUUCAAAAUCGUUUUUGUUUUUUUUAAUUAUUAUGAAUCGCAUUAAACGGUUUUAAUCUGAUAUUACCGUCUUUUAACAUUUGUUUAUAGAAUAUGAAUAUUGCAGUAAAUGACUUAAUAUGCUUUUCUUUCUUAUUUGCUUAUCUCCACUUCACCGUGGAGACGCGUUGGUGCUUCUGCGCAUGCGUGGGUGUACAUGUUGUCAGUCUCUAUGGCGACAGCACUCUUAAUUCUUUUCGGGUUGCAGACAGCCAGAGAUUAUGUGCACAGGUGUCGCUCCCAGACGGGCUCAGUGUGUGUAUACGUGUGUAUGUAUGUGUGUAUAUAUGCGGCGCACUCGGAUGGUCGCAAACAGCACGUUUGCACGUUUCUUUGCACCUCUUUUGGCUCCACAGGGACACUGCGCAGGAACCGGUGAUGAUGAGUGAAGCGGAUUGGUCCAAGACCCAGGAGGAGUACGAGGAUGACUUUGAGAAAGAUCUAGACUGGCUGAUCAGUGAGGAAAGUCGGAGCGAGGAGCAGGGUCCUGACUACGAGGACAUCGAGGCAGACAUUGACAAAGAGCUGGCAGAGGAUGAGAAACACCAUCGCAUGAAAGGUAAGAAGAACCACCAUCAAGGGGAGGAGAGAAGCAAGCAAACAGAAGACCUGGAGGAGGAUGAAGACAGGUGGCCCUCACCUAUGGAACCACUGGAGUACGACUCAGACGGAGACGGUCCUGGUAAGUCCUUGGCGUUGGGCGUGGAGGCGCAGACCGAUGAGGAGAAAAAGUACAUCCUGGAGAAGAUCCAACAAGCCAACCGACAGCUGAAGGAUCAAGACGCUCCAGAUUUGAGUCGGAGGAGGCGGCUGCAGUUCAAGGAGACGCUGGUGACCUUGGUGGUGCCUCCGUUGCAGUUUGGAAACGGUGACCAAGCGGAUAGAGGAGAUGCCAGCAAAGAUGCGGAGACGGAGGUUUCAGGCAAGCUCUCCGAGCUCAAGCUGUCCCCUGGAGAAGAAGGCCUCAAAGAGGGACGGGUUCUUGUGGAGAAAGAUGGCAGGUUCGAUCUUGUCAGCCUGAAAGAGGUUGAAAACCAGGUCCUCCUUCCUCCUAUCGCGCACAACGGGAAGAGCCUCGGGUCCUGCUCCUCGCCGCUUUCUCACGCCGGAUCUUCUUCUUCUGCCGGCCACAAAGUUGAUCCCCACCGGGUGCCGAGACCUCCGGCCCCACCCGGAGGAAGGCCCAGCUCCGCCUGCCACACCCAGACUGGCGUCCACAGGAGGGGCACCAGACGUCGGGUGCAGUCGGCCACCGGGACGCCCAGCCAGGCCACCUUCAAGCUGUCCCCUCAACAGAAGGACCUGCUGCACAAGGUCCAGGAGCGGAAGGAGAGGUUGGCCAGAGAGGCUGAGCAACGUAAGCUGGAGGAAGAGGAGCAGAAGAGGCAGGAGAACGAGCUGGCCUUCAAGGCCUGGCUGAUGAGGAAGAGGGAGCAGCUUCAGCAGGAGAGAAGGAUCCACAGAGCCCAAGAGAUGGAGAGGAUGACGUCUAAGCGGGAGCCCAGCGAGCCCGAGGAGGCGUUCAGGCUGUGGCUCCAGAGGAAACAGGAGCAGCAGCAGCGGGAGAAGCAGCUGGUGCAAAUGAGGAGACUGGAGGAGGACAGCAGUUACCUUCUACGCAGUCGCGAGGAAUGCGAACGUGCCUUUAAACUGUGGCUGACACGGAAGCGUGCCGAGAAGCGCGCUGAGCAGCAAGCCGCUCGGGAGCGUUCGCGCAGGUUUGUCGUGGAGGAGCGGCGGGCGCGGCGAAUGAGGGAUCUGCUGUGUCCGACCGGCGACAUCAAGACGUUCCGGUUCACUGAUCAGCUCACCUGUCGCUUCUAAAGACGGGUUACACAACAUUUCUGGGACUGGCACCAGGGAAUAUCAUCCUGUAAAUGCUCGAUUCCCCGAUGGAUGAAAAACCCCAAAUGAUGAACGCACCUGUAAAAAUACCUAUUUUUGAUACGUUAACCCCAUUCAAGUAGGUAUGUUUGAAUCCCUGCACUACGCAGUGGUGAAAAGGAUGCUUCAUCCCUGAUGGCAUGUAUUUUUAUACAUGUUGGUUUAUCUUUGCUGUUUGAUUAGCUAUCUAAUUUAUAUGGUCUCUUAAAGGAGAAGUGCACAUUUUGGGGAAUUUUGCCCAUCAUCCACAAUCCUAAUGUGAGACAUACAUAUGAUGAAGAAAUUGAUAAAAAUAGGCAGCUCGGAAUGCACGUAAUGAGACGCACUCACCCACCUUCCGAGAAAAACCUCCAAAAAGCAUCAACAACGCAACAUUUACAUAAGUGACCUGCAUAUAUUCACCAAAUAUUUUUGGACUUUUUGGACGUGUUUUAAUAGGCGUGUCCCAUUAUGUGCACUGAUUACCUGCCUCUUUUUUUGGAAAUCUGUUUUUAUAUAUUUAAAACACACAGAAGAAGAGAAAUAGUAUGUUCACGUGUGGAUUCCAAAAAAGUGCACUGUUCCUUUAAAUGGCAAAGGGUCACGUGUGGACAAAGAAAGUGAUGAAGUUCAUUUCAAGUCAUUUGAUAAAAAUGACAUUUCACCACAGUGAGCUGUAAGCAUUCAUACUGUACAUGUGUACCUUAUUUAUUUUCUUAUUUACUUUGUUGUUGAAGUUGAUGCACUUUACAUUGGGAAGAGGAAAAGAGAUAUUUACUAUGGUAUGGAAAUAUACUACGCUGACUGUAGGACUGUUAUUUUGCUCCCAGCUUCUCAAUAAAUACACCAGUUGAGUUCCACUUCAGAGUUUUUACUUUGAAAUAUUGCAAAAUGGAACAUAUACUGUAUAAAUCACGUCAAUUAUAAUAUUAUUUCUCUGUGACGUUUCACACAAACGAAAUCCAUUAAAAUUAGCGCGAUGCUAAUUAGCAUCCCAUACACGCGCUCGGCAUUCGCUUAGCGAUCUUCUCCAGAAAUGGACGUUUUUACUCGUCAAAUUAAUCAGCAAAUGUAUUAUUAGCGUCAAAUACUUACAGCCCACUUAAUCAGCAGAUGUAUUAUUAGCG